GCCUCCAGGAGCGGUGGAUUCAUGGUGCAGGCACCGAGCCCAGCAAUAACCCUGGAGGGGAAAAAAAAAAAAAAGCUAACACGAGGCUUUUCUAGCUCCUAUUCCUUCUAUGUUUGCUUCUACCGGCUUUUAGCUUUUUUGCCAGUUGUGCUCCUGGUUCACAUGGUACUGCUGCACCAGGACUCUUACAAACACCAUGGAAACAGCUCUUACUGUGGCCGCCCUUUUCCAUUACCCUCUGGAAGGCUCCAAGUCUGUGAGCAGUGUCAAGUACUGCGCCCUACUGGCACUGGCCUUCAUAGUCCGUCCUACGGCCCUGAUUCCAUGGGUGCCUUUGCUCGCCAGGCAUUUCUGGCAAGACCAGAAGAAGACUGAUCUUAUUUUACAUCAAUUCUUACCUAUUGGAUUUGUCGCUCUGAGUUUGUCUCUGAUAAUUGAUCGUAUUUUUUCUGGUCAAUGGACCCUGGUUCAGUGGAACUUUUUGAAAUUCAACGUGCUGCAGAACAUAGGGGCAUUUUAUGGCCGUCACCCAUGGCACUGGUACCUCAGCCAAGGAUUCCUGGUCGUCCUGGGCCCUCACUUGCCCCUUUUCAUUCACGGCUGCUUUGUAGCCCCAAAGAGGCACCGGGUAUUUCUGGCGCCAGUGCUGUGGACACUGCUGGUGUACAGCAUGUUGAGUCACAAAGAAUUCAGAUUUAUCUAUCCAGUUUUACCGUUUUGUAUGGUGUUCUGUGGGUACUCCCUAAGCCACCUGAAGACAUGGAGGAGACCGGUGCUCUGCUUCCUGUUUUUACUGAACAUGCCCCUCGCUCUCUACACUGGCUUAGUUCAUCAACGAGGAGCCCUCGAUGUCAUGACUUACGUUCAAAACCUCUGUGGCCGCCCCAGUCGCAGUGAACCUUCAGCGUCAGUAUUUGUCAUGAUGCCGUGCCACUCUACUCCUUACUAUAGCCACGUCCACUGUCAACUUCCAAUGAGAUUUCUCCAAUGUCCCCCAAAUCUGACUGGGGAAAAUCAGUAUCUCGAUGAAGCAGAUCUAUUUUAUCAGAGUCCCUUAAACUGGUUAAACAAAGAGUUUGACAGGGCUUCAGCACUGCCUACACACUUACUCAUCUUCAGUGUUUUGGAAGAGGAAAUAAGUGCUUUCCUGAUUUCAAACCAUUAUGCGAGAACUGCGGUCUUCUUCCACACUCACUUCCCGGAAGGCCGAACUGGAAGUCACAUCUAUGUCUAUGAACGGAAAGUCACGGAGAAGCUCAACAGAAAGUGAAAUUCAGAAUUGAUCUUUCCCAGAGAACUCAGUAGACACUGCCUGGAAGAAAUGUUCAGAUGCUGCUUAAAUGUUAGUAAACAAGCAGUAAGAACUGUGGAACUGUUGACAGCAAAAAGCUAUGUGUUGCUUUACCAGUUGUCAGUACUGAGCAAAUAUAAGGGGAAGAAACCACAAAAUUAGAAAUAACAUUAAUAUACAGUGCCAAAUUUUUAAAUAAAGACCUUUAGUUUUC